UACAUAUGUUCGUCUUUUUAUUUCUCGCUUUCCUUUUCAAUAUCAGAUGUUUUUUACAUUUAUGAUUUACAAUAAUUGACAAUCAAAAUUUAAUUUAAUGUAUUUUCGUGAAACAAAUUUAAUAGUCAACUACAAGCCCUUCUAAAACAUGUUUAUAUUGUGAUGCAUCUAGAAUCAUUAACAAUUGUAAUCGAUUAUGAUCAAUGGGUUUAGCAUCGAUCUUGGCUUAUCUUACAAUCAUCUUAUCAAUUUUUCGUACUUAUUGUUUCAUCUUUAAUGCAUAGUUUUUGUUAUUUUUGUUUUAUUUAUGUUUUCUGGUUCGCAAAAUAAAUCAACUAUGAACUUUGACUUCGAGGACAAACCAAGCUUCUAUUGGAACCAUUAUUAGAGACGAGUUGGGUGAAGUUCAUGACAUCAAGAAUCUCAUCAUUUUUUACCAGACAUCAAUUGUUUCAUUAACAUUGCUAUGUUAAUCAGUUCGUGAUUUUAUCUGGAUACAUAUCAAUAUCAACGUACUCCAUUAAUCAUAUCAAUAAGGAUUGGUCAACCCUUUUGUGUUUGAAACACUCGAUAGCAAAGCCAUUGACAAACCUAGUCGCCAGUUGACGGUCAACGCUCUGUUUUUGUGUAUUACCAGUUGAAGUGAAAACCAAAAAUGCUGCCUUUCUCGAUUACAGUGGAGCCAAUAACUCUUCUUUACGUCACAGCAAUCAACUGUGAAUACACUUUGAUUCAAUAUUCUGUUUCAACUUCUCAUUGUCUUUCAUUGACCAACUUGACUGACCCUACAAUUUGUGAAUCACCUAAAUCAGCAAAUGUUUCAGCUCUAAUUAAAGACGAUGUAACCAUUUCCAUGAGAUAUUACAAUUUGGUUCUCUCUUUAUGCUGUUCCUUGGCAACUCUUUUUACUGGUUCUUGGUCAGACUAUUAUGGCAGACGUUUACCGAUGAAGUUUGCUCUAAUCUCUUCGAUGCUUGCUCAAAUCCUUUGUAUCAUCUUCUGGAUAACCCUUGAUCGUAACUGGAUUUGGUUUAUUUACGCUGCUGGUCUAGUGUCUGGAAUAUCUGGUUCCUCAUCUAGUUUGAUUGCUAAUUGUUUUGGUUAUACAGCUGAUAUAACCAGUGUUGAAGCAAGAUCCAAAGCAAUGGCAACUAUGGAAGCAAUGCUUUAUUUGGGUAAUGCGAUUGGGUUUACAACUGGUAGCUUGGUAUUGAAAACAUUUGGAUCACAAUUGGCAAUUGGUUUUUCAAUCUUAUUCCUGAUUCAUACCAGUCUCUUUAUAUACGUACUUUUUUACUUGCGCGAAUCUAAAUCUUCAACAGACAAAAUUACACUAAAAGGCUUAUUCCGUCUAUCACAUGUGGCAACUGUUUUCCGAACACUUGGUAAACCUCGUUCCCAGCCGUACAAAAAAUUUUGGCUUCUCACAAUCAUUGGAUGUGCCUUUAUCGCCACACUCGGUUCAAAUGCCAUGACUUCUAUUAUUUACGUUUUCCUUCGUAAUGCGCCCUUACAUUGGACCUCGGAAUUUUAUGGGUACCUUCAAGCAUCUAAUUAUACUCUCGGAGGAUGUACACUGCUCAUUUUAGUUCCAUUAACCCAACGAUUUUUCCCUAGACUAGUAAAUGACGAUCUUUUCGCGUUAUUGGGCUUUAUAUCUCGAUCUACUGGUCUAGUUGUCUUAGGAUUAGCAACAACAGACCUUCACGCUUUCUUAUCACCUCUAGGAUUUAUACUUUCAGAGCUGACAUUACCAUCAAUAAGAUCAAGUUUAUCAAAAAUUGUCGAAGAUGAUGAAAAAGGAAAAGCUUUUGCUUUUCUUGGAUUACUUUCAAAUUUCACCUUCCUCAUUGGCUCCCAAAUAUCCAGUUUCAUCUAUUAUCGAACGUCAUCACGAUUUCCUGGACUCGUAUUCAUUAUUCUUGGGAUAAUGGAAUUGAUACCAGCAACAAUCUUUUUCAUUAAAUACAAAUUUUUCAACAAAGCCUUCACUGGGAAAAAGCAAGCCGAUUCUAAUAGUAAUUUAUCCUCACGGAGCUCACAGGACAGACAGGAUUCAAGGAUCAAUUCGAAAGAUGAAGUAGAUCACUCAGACAUUGAUGUUACUUUAACAACCGGACUCGAUAAAUUGUCUCAUGCAUCACUCAGAGCGAAAAAGAAAGAGAAGGAAAGCGAAUCGAAACGUACUGAAUGUUAAUUCACAUCAACAAUUAUCUGUUUUUCUAGUGAAUUUUUUAUAGUUUUCAUUUUUAUUGUUUCGGGAUAUUAUUUUUAAGUUGAUAAUACUUGACAGUAGCAGAAUUUUUCAAACAAAAAUUUGUCUUAAUCAUACAGAUUACCAAUUAAUACUUCAAUCUGUGAUGGACAUUCAAAUAGUGCCAUAAAGAAGGACUUAAAUGUCAACCGUUGAUUAUAUUGUAUGUAAAUAAGCUUGUUUUAUAAUGAGAUAAUUUAAAUAGCUGAAAUUUCACAGUUGAACAUGAAAAGCAUUCAAAAUGGUUUGUUUAUAGCUCAAAAUGAGUCAACAAUUUGUUAAAGCUGAUUCCCGCCUCCCACUCUGAUUAUCAAUUUGAUUAUCAUUUUCAUUGUAAUAACUUGAUCUUUUUCAAGUUAGUUUUUAUCUUAAUAUCAUCUUUAUAAUCAUGAAAACAAUCUUGAAUACUUGAUCAACAAUGCGAUUUUUAAAUCCUUUAACUUUUCUUCUACUAAUGUCAACAUUCUGAGCACAAUGAAAAAUAAAUAAAUAAUAAUAAACCAUU